AUGAUCGCCAACCAUAUCCACACUUUGCUUCUGCUUCUUCAUGCAUGGCUUCUCUUGCUGUUACCCCCCCUCCAAACCCACAGUUCCCUCCUUUCAAACCCUCAAAAGCCACAAACUCUCAGAAAUUCACACCAACCCAUCUCACAAAGCUUCAAGAAGAUGCCAAAAAUCAUCAAAUUUUGUACAAGUCUUACUUCCACCACAUAUCUUCUCUGUGCAAAGAAGGUCAAGUUCAAGAAGCUGUGAACCUCCUCAGUGAAAUGGAGCUAAGGAAUCUUCAAGUGGGGCCUGAGAUGUAUGGUGAGCUCCUUCAGGGGUGUGUAUAUGAACGAGCUCUCUUCACAGGUCAGCAAAUUCAUUCUCGAAUUGUAAAGAACGGUGAUUUCUUUUUAAGAAAUGAGUAUAUUCAAACAAAGUUGGUGAUUUUCUAUGCCAAAUGCGAUGUUUCGGAGGCUGCGAACCGUUCGUUUCGCAGACUGCGGGUGCAGAAUGUGUUUUCUUGGGCUGCUAUUAUUGGGUUGCAAUGUAGGAUGGGUUUUAGUGAGGAAGCUUUGUUGGGUUUUUGUGAGAUGGAAGAAUGUGGGGUUUUACCGGAUAAUUUCGUUCUUCCUAAUGCGUUGAAGGCUUGCGGUGCUCUUGGCUGGAUUGGGUUUGGGAAAGGGGUCCAUGGGUAUGUGGUGAAGAUGGGCUUUGGUGGGUGUGUCUUUGUGGCGAGUAGUCUGGUUGAUAUGUAUGGGAAAUGUGGGAUCGUGGAGGAUGGAAGGAAGGUGUUUGAUGGUAUACUUGACAGAAACGUAGUUGCUUGGAAUUCGAUGAUUGUGAGUUAUGUCCAAAAUGGAAUGAAUAAUGAAGCGAUUGAGGUGUUUUAUGAUAUGAGAGUGGAAGGUGUUGAACCGACUCGAGUCACUGUGUCGAGCUUACUUUCAGCAUCAGCUAAUGUAGGUGCACUUGAAGAGGGCAAGCAAGGGCAUGCUAUUGCACUAUUAGGCGGAUUAGAGUUGGAUAACAUAUUAGGCAGUUCUAUUAUAAACUUCUAUUUUAAGGUUGGUUUGAUUGAGGAUGCAGAGCUAGUAUUUAGUAGGAUGCUUGUGAAAGAUGUGGUGACGUGGAAUUUGCUCAUAUCUGGUUAUUCGCAAUAUGGUCAGGUUGACAAGGCGCUUAAUAUGUGCCGACAGAUGAGGUUAGAAAACUUGAGGUUUGACUCUGUGACUCUUGCAUCCGUAUUGUCUGCUUCGUCAGAUAUAAGCAACAUGAAACUUGGUAAGGAGGCACAUUGUUAUUGUAUUAGAAACAACCUAGAAUCUGAUGUGGUCGUCGCCAGUAGCAUUGUAGAUAUGUAUGCCAAAUGUGAAAGAAUUGAUUAUGCAAGACAAGUUUUCAAUUCCACGAUCAAGAGAGAUCUUGUAUUGUGGAAUACAAUGUUGGCCGCUUAUGCUAAGUUGGGCCAGAGUGGUGAGGCCUUGAAAUUGUUUUAUCAGAUGCAGCUGGAGGGUGUACCACCAAAUGUGAUUUCGUGGAAUUCUGUAAUUUUGGGUUUCCUUAGAAAUGGCCAGGUCAAUGAGGCUAAAGACAUGUUCUUGCAAAUGCAUACCCUUGGUGUUGAACCUAACCUGAUCACUUGGACUACUCUUAUUUCUGGUAUGGCUCAAAAUGGUUUUGCCAAUGAGGCAAUUUUGGUUUUCCAGCAAAUGCAAGAAGCAGGGAUUAAACCCAAUUCCAUAUGCCUUGUUUCUGCACUUGCAGCUUGCACUGAUUUGGGAGCAUUACGUUAUGGAAGAGCUAUUCAUGGCUAUGUUACAAGGCAUGCAAUUUGGCCAUCCAUACCUAUUGCAACCUCUUUAGUGGACAUGUAUGCUAAAUGCGGAGUUAUAGAUGAAGCAAAGUGGGUGUUUGAUAUGAUUUUAAGCAAAGAAUUGCCUCUCUAUAAUGCAAUGAUCUGUGCUUACGCAUUACAUGGUCAAGCUCUAGAAGCUAUAUCACUAUUUAAACAGUUAGAGGAGAUAGGUAUAGAACCGGAUAACAUAACCUUCACUACUGUAUUAUCAGCAUGCAGCCAUGCCGAGCUAGUAAAUGAAGGUAUAGAACUUUUCAAUCGUAUGGUCUUUGAACUCCAUAUGAAGCCAACUAUGGAGCAUUAUGGCUGUGUGGUUAAUCUUCUUUCUCGCUGUGGUAAUUUUGAUGAUGCUUUUAGGCUUAUUCUCGCAAUGCCAUGCAAGCCUGAUGCACAUAUAUUAGGAUCACUACUUUCUGCUUGUAGAGAUUGCCAUGAGAUUGAACUUGGGGAUUAUUUGUCCAAGCAUUUAUUAGAAUUAGAGCCAGAUAAUGCAGGAAACUAUGUGGCGCUUUCAAACGCAUAUGCAGCCGCAGGAAGGUGGGAUGAGGUAUCAUACAUGAGGGAUUUAAUGAAAGAAAAGGGCCUUAGAAAGGUUCCUGGAUGCAGCUGGGUUCAAAUAGGAGGAGAACUUCAUGUAUUUGUUGCUAGUGACAAAUCACAUCCCAAAGCUGGGGAUAUUUAUACGAUAUUGGCUCUGUUGGGAAUAGAGAUGCAUUGUACAGUUAAUUCACCUCUGUUUAGUGAUGUUUAAAUUCAAUGCUCUUGAGCACAAGAUUCAUAACUCAUAAGUGAAGUGAUUUGGAAAGCUCUCAAGGUGGCACAAAUGUAAGACCAAUUAGUGGUGCAAACAAACCAAUCUUCCUGAUGAAAGAUCAUAAUAGCCUAUCAGUUGCCUGCAAGUUGAUGCAAAAGCUGUGAGGACUGGAAAAACCUUAUUGGCCUGAAUGGAAAAGGACAUGAUCAAGACAUCCACAAACUGUUGGGUGCAAGUUGUUUUGUUUAUUUGAUAUACAAAUUUACUUGAGAGGAUUCUUUAAGUACUUGUAAGAACACGCCACACUCAAUGUCUGACAUGACAUUGCUGUUUCAGCAGCUCUGAUGCUUUAGUUGGUUUUGUGACCUGCCCAGGUAUCUAUCAAAGUGAUGCAAAAAUUUUGUAAUUAAGUUUGUAAAAGCUGCAUUUCUUUAUAGCUCAGAGCAAAGUGAAGUUAUUCAAGUAUUGCCAUGUAUAUAUGGAAUUAAUCCCCAUUUCUUUAAGCCCUGAAAGCAUUGGUUGAUUGUU